UGGGGACCGGCGGCCGCUGAUCUAACUUCCAGCACAAAUACAACAAAAACAUGGAGGAGAAGAAGAAAGAGGAGAAGCCAGAAGAGCAACUUAGAGAAGAUGAAUUGGAUCUGCCAGAAUCCUUACUGGAAUUUGAAGUUGAGACAAAAGAAGAAGCAAUUGCUCGGGUGUUAUUUCAUCUGAAACAAAUGGAAGAAAAGAACAAAGAAUAUCGUAAAAGGAAUGAGCUCAUGCAGAAACAACAGGAGGCACACAUUAGGUCCAUCCUAAGGCACAUAAAUCAAGAGAAGAGACAAGAUGAAAAGGAAGCUAUAACUGGGGAUUAUGUGGAAGAGUCACUGAAGAAAAUGUGGCAAUAUGUUAAGGAAAACGAACAACUUGUGGAAGAACUGCACUCUCAGGUUGAAGAAACUGCCCAAGGACUUUCAGUUAAGCAGAGCGAGAGAGAUUGUUUGUUGGAGUACAAAAACGUUGGAAGUAAAAUACAACUCGACAGGAUCAUGAAUCUGGAAAAAGAUAUCAAGGAAGUCAAAGAUGAGUUUCAGAGAGUUACAGAGUAUUAUAGUAAUGCUUUGAAAGCACUGAAAGAAGAAAAUGACAGAGAGGUUGAGAGGUGUGUGGAGUUAAACAAGGAACAGGCCCUUGAGAACGCUGUACGAUACUUAGACAAAUACAGCCGCCAAGAAAUUGAAGCGAACGAAUGGCUGAAAGAAGUGGUUAAGAUGCACCAAAAGAAAGUAAAUGAAUUAAAAGCUUCUGUUCAGCUCCUGGAAGAAGAAAAUAUUGGUUUAGUGACAAAACUGAUUGAUAGCAGACUUCAGAACUUGAGAGUACCCAGACAUUUGUUUCUUACCCAGGCAGCUGACCCGCAAGAUGAAUUUCCUAAGGAUGAAAUAAAAGAAGCAGAGUAUAAAGACCAUGAAGCAAAGGCAGAUGGAGAUGAAAGCCUCAGGAGUGCUGAUGUCCCCUGUCAGAAAAAUAAGGCCUUUGGAAAGAUUCAGUCUAAAUCAGAGAAUGAGAAGCCUCAAGACAGUGAUGAGGAGCUGCAGGAAGAGUCUUUCACUCCAAGUCUCAACAGCUUGUUGUGCUUGUUGUAUGCAGAUGAAAAAGAUUUCCAGGAAUAUUUAAAGCUGGAUCCUCUGGAGACACAGCUGUUGUGUGUGAUUGGAAGAGCCAUGCCCAUUCAUGAAGAACCAGGAGAAAUGUCAUGCAGGAGCCACAGAGAAGGUGAUAUUACUGGUAAAUCCAAUGGACGCAUCACAGCUGAGAUGAUCAAGGCCUUAGAUAAACAAAAGGACAGCCAGCUGGGAUUCAAUCUAGACCCAGCCCUGCAAUGUCAAAUGAAGUGGAAAGGCUCACCUCACUAUUCAGAUUCCUUGACUAAUCCUGGUACUCCUCCUAUCACUCCAACCAGCUGUUUGGUCGAUCACACAGGGAACCCAUUCAAGAAACUGACCCUGAUGAAGACACUCCACAAAAAUGUAAGUUAAAAAUAACUGCUGGCACAACAGAGACAUAGGAACCAGCAGUCAGAGAUGCCAAAGCACUCAUGAACUGCCUGUCCCAAUACACCCUCAACCAAGGGAAAAGCUUUCUCCUAGACUGCCACUGAGAAAUGGCUAUACUCAGAACUGUAGUACCUAAGAAUGGUUGUAAAACAAGUCGCCAUUUCUGAGAUUUCCAGACAUAAAUGUCCUGAGGAAAGUCUGAAUGAGCCAGGAAAGUUUUGGGGAUGUUAGAAAGCCUAUUGGUCCUUCUGGAAUGGUCCCUUUCCCCACCUGCUCAGACACUGCAUGUUUUUGAACAAGUAACAGCAAUUCAGGAUUUGAUUCACUGAUAAAACAUUCUUGUUCUGAAUGUAGCCAGCUACAUGAACAGGAUACACUUAUUUCUACAUCAAUAAAGCCCAUCAAGAAUAGGCACUGUCUUAAAAUUAAGAAGGUUAUGAUAAAACUAACUGAGGUAAGAAAGGGCAGACAAUUUCAGGCAAAACCCUGUCCAGAAAAACAGGACAUUGAUUUGGUGAAGAGUAAACCAAUAGGAGCUGGAAGUCAGUCUUCAGUAAAAUAGUUCAGAAAAGCAACUGCUGCUGAACUAUAAGCAAUGAAAUGAUAUACAGCAUCAGACUUUGGAGUUGCAGAAG